AUGCAUGAGUACACACAAGACGCUCUUUGUAUAGCGCAAACAAAAGGAAAACCUUGCUUAUUUAUGACAUUUACUUGUAACGCUCAAUGGCCUGAAAUAACAGAUAACUUGUUACCCCAUCAGCAAGCAAGAGAUAGACAUGAUUUAGUGGCGAGAGUAUUCAAAUGUAAAUUGAAAAAAUUGAUGGACUUAUUAACAAAAAGCAAUAUAUUUGGCGAAGUUGUAGCAUGGGUUUAUUCCAUAGAAUGGCAGAAAAGGGGAUUACCACACGCACAUAUUCUAAUAUGGUUGAAAAAUAAAAUACACCCAGACCAAUAUGAUAACAUAAUUUCAGCUGAAUUACCAGAUCCAGAAAAAGACACAUGA